UCAAAUAAAACGGGGAUAUAAAACGAAUAACAUUGCAGAAGAAAUAAAAAACUAUAAGCCCAGUUUUAGAACGCCAGAGAAUUCCUUGUCUUAUAACAUACGAAAUGAAAACCAUCCUCAGACUACUGGCAGUUAUUCGAAUGAAAAUUAUCUCUCUCUUGGUAGUCAGAAUCUAAACAGUAUAAAGAAUAAAGAAUAUCAUAAUAAUAUUAUACCUGGAGUAAAUGAUAGUCCAUAUGAAAAGAAACCAGUUGAGAGCACUUUUAAGCUUCCCUAUAAUAGUCUAUCCGAUUUAGAUAAUGCACCGAACAAACAGCCAAAUUACAGAUUUAAUUUUAAGCAACCUCUUAAUGUUCCAACCGAUCUAAAUGUUAUAAAAGAUAAUUAUUAUAAAGCUAAGACAACUGAGGAUAAUAUUUAUAGGCAAAAUUAUCCACCAGAAGAAAGAAUCGGUGAACAAACCAUAAAAUCUAAAUAUUAUAAUUCUAAGACCGCUAAGAAUAACAUUUAUAACUACCUACCACAAGGAAGAGUUCCUGAACAGGACAUAAAAAAUGAAUAUUAUAAUGUUAAGAAAAAUGAUAAUAUUCACACAAAAAACUACUUACCAAAAGAAAGAGUUCUUAAAAAUGAAAUUAUAAAUAAGUUUUAUAGUGGUAAGACAGCUGGGAACAAUGUAAACACACGAAAUGAUUUACCAGCCAAAAAUGAAUAUUAUAAUGGUGAUAAUAAUUUUAAAGGAAGUAAUCCACCAAAAGAAGUAGUUCCAGAAUAUGGUGGUAAAAAUGAAUAUUAUAAUGCCAAGACAACGGAGAAUAAUUUUAAUAUUGGAAAUGAUCCAAAACAACGAAAAGUUCAGGAAUAUGACAAAAAUACGGAUUAUUAUACUGCUAAAAUUGCUGAGAAUAAUAUUUAUAAGGAAAAUGAUGUACCUCAAGGAAGAAAUCCUGAACUUGACAGAAAACAUGAUUAUUAUAAUGCUAAGACAGCUGAACAUAAUAUUUAUACCGGAAAUUAUCCUCUAGAAGAAAGAAUUCGUGAACAAAACAUUAAAAAUAAAUAUUAUAAUGGUAAGACAGCUGAGAAUAAUAUUUACAAGGAAAAUGAAGGGAGGGUUCCUGAAAUUGACAGAAAUUACGAUUAUUUUAAUGCCAAUGCAGCCAAGAGUAAUAUUUUUAUUAAAAAAUAUUUACCACAAUAUGUCAAGGCAACUGAGAAUAUUUAUAAAGGAAGUGAUCUUCAAGAAAGAUAUAAUGAACAUAAAAAAGUUCCUGUCCAUGAUAGGAAAAAUAAAUAUUAUAAUGCUAAGUCAAGUGAAAAUGCUUACAAUGGAAAUGGUAUUCGGCAAGAAAGAGUUUCUGAACAUGAAAUAAAAAAUGAAUAUUAUAAUGGUAAUACACCUGAGAAUAUUAUUUAUCCAGGAUAUAAUUUACCAGCAGAAAAGGUUCCUGAAUAUGACCGAAAAAAUGAAUAUUAUAAAGCUAAGACAACGAAUAAUAUUUAUAAAGGAAGUGAUCCACCAAAAGGAAUUAUAGAAUAUUUUAAAGCUAAAAUAACUGAUAAUAUUUAUAAAGGAAGGAAUCCUCCAAAAGAAGCCGUUCCUGAAUAUGACACAAAAAAUGAAUAUUUAAAUGCUAUAACAAAUGAUAAUAUUUAUAAAACAAGUGAUCUACCAAAAACAGAAGAAGUUUCUAAAUAUUAUAAAGCUAAAAUAAGUGAUAUUUAUAAAGAAAGUAAUCCUUUAAAAGAAGCCGUUCCUGAAUAUGACAGAAAAAAUGAAUACUUCAAUGUGAAAACAACUGAUAAUAUUAAUAAAGGAAGUGAUGAACCAAAAGAAGGAGUUCCUGAAUAUUAUAAAUCUAAAAUAACUGAUAUUUAUAAAGAAAGUAAACCUUCAAAAGAAGCCGUUCCUGAAUAUGACAGAAAAAAUGAAUAUUUCAAUGCGAAAACAACUGAUAAUGUUAAUAAAGGAAGUGAUCAACCAAAAGAAGGAGUUUUCGAAUAUUAUAAAGCUAAAAUACCUGAUAUUUUUAAAGAAAGUAAUCCUUCAAAAGAAGCCGUUCCUGAAUAUGACAGAAAAAAUGAAAAUUUCAAUGCGAAAACAACUGAUAAUAUUAAUAAAGGAAGUGAUCCACCAAAAGGAGUUCUUGAAUAUUAUAAAGCUAAAAUAACUGAUUUUUUUAAAGAAAGUAAUCCAUCAAAAGAAGCAGUUCCUAAAUAUGACACAAAAAAUGGAUAUUUCAAUGCGAAAACAACUGAUAAUAUUUAUAAAGGUAGCAAUCCUUCAAAAGAAGAAGUUCCUGAGUAUGACAGAAAAAAUGAGUAUUUAAUUUCUAAAACAACUGAUAAUGUUUAUAAAGUAGGAAAUCCUUCAAAAGAAGCAAUUUCCGAAUAUGACAGAAAAAAUGAAUAUUUUAAUGUCAAGACAGCUGAAAAUAUUUAUAAAGGCAGUGAUCUACCGCAAGGAACUGUCCCUGAAAAUAAAAUCAAAAAUGAAAACUGUAUUGCUAAGACAGCUGAAAAUAUUAUUUAUUCGAAAAAUGAUUUUCCAGAAGAAAUAGUUCCUGAAUAUGACAAAAAUAAUAAAUAUUACAAUGCCAAAACAAUUGAUAAUAUUUAUAAAUUAGGUCUACCACAAGAAAAAGAUCCUGUAUAUGACAGAAAAAAUGAAUAUUAUAAUGGCAAAACAACUGAGAGUAAUUAUAAUGGAAGUGAUCCUAUACAAGAAAGAAUUACCGAACUUGACAGAAAAAAUGAAUUGUAUAAUGCCAAGAAAACUGAGAAAGAAAGUGAUCUGCCACAAGAAAGAUUUAAUGGCCUUGACAGAAAAUAUAAAUAUUAUAAUGCCAAGACUGCUGAGAAUGGUUUUAAGGAAAAGGAUCUACUAAAAGGAAUAGAUCUUGAAUAUGACAGAAAAAAUGAUUAUUAUAAAUCUAAAGCAGCUGAGAAUAAUAUUUAUAAAGUAUAUGACCAAUACCAAAGAAGAGGUCCUGAUGAUGAUAUAAAAAAGGGAUAUUAUAAUUCUAAGACAGCAGAGAAUAUAUCCCGACCUAAUUAUCCAAGCAGCCGAGAACAGGAGAGAUAUAGUUUUAAUGAGCCCGCGAAAAGUCUUUCCAAAGUUAGUGAUGUUCCACAUUCAAAAGACAAUGGUCAGUUUAAUGUUAAUGAGCAUGCUAGCAGUAAUAAUGAUUAUUCAUUAGCACAAACAGAUAUUGAUUUUAUUAUUAGUCAACAUAUGAGGGAGAGUUUUGAGAAACAAAAGGUUUAUGAAAAUGAUCAAACAUUUGAUGACAAAAAUGGUAAUACCAUACUGUAUAAUAUAAAUCGUGGAGAUCCGGAAAAUCUUUAUAUUUAUAAAACUGGCCAACAAUUUGAUUACAAAAAUUCCAAAACUAUGCCAAAUAAUUUUAAUCCCAAAGACUUAUAUUUCGACCCUGGUCAACCCUAUGGAUACGCAAAGUUUCCUCAAAAGAAACCGUAUUUAUCUUAUCCCAGGACUAACCCCUACAGAUCUGAGCCUAAAUUACAAAGAAUAAGACGAAGCCUUUUUCCAAGACAUACUAUAAAAAAUGAUAUAAAUAAUCCCAAUCCACAGAAAGAGCUUACUUUGCAAACAAUUGAGGAGAAUGGUGAAGUUCCAUGUGAUACUUGUGGUGGAAAGAAUAAAAAAAAGGGUGACAAGCCCCCAGCAAGACUUUGCAGUGCCUUGACAGAACCGAAAAGUUCCGAAAGUAAAAUGGAAGACUCUAUUGCACAAGAAAAACUGAACGAUGUCAUUCCGUGUGAUACUUGUGGAGGAAAGAACAAAAAAAUAGGAGGAAAACCCUUACCUGGCGGUGUAGACUCUGAGGUUCAUAGGGAAAAAGCGGAAAUCGGUGAAAAAUUAACACCACAAGAUAUGAUACCAUGCGAAAAGUGCAAGGUAAAUCGUGAAGGAAACCUGGCUUCUCAAUCCUGCGGUUGCGUAAGCAAUCCCAGCGUAUGCAAUUGUGAAAUAUCCAAAUUAUCCAGAGCUCCUAGUCGGAGUAAAGGAGAUUUAAAUUAUGGCGUGUUUAAUAUAAAUGAUCCCAUUCCGUAUUUAACAACUCAAUUGCGGAUUUUCAGAAGACGACAUAAUACUUGGUGGAGGAUUGCUCCCAUUGUAACAGUCGAUAGUGUGGCGGGUAUAUUUGCAAAUAAAAACAUAUCAAUGAUAUUUUCUACACGCAUCGGAACCUUGCGACAGGAAAAAUCUGCAAGAUUUUUAAAUCACAAACUUUUAAUUCCAUUAGCAAAUGAUGAACAAGUGGUCGGGGCCAAGAGCUUGGACACGUUAACGGAAAUGCAGAAUAACAUUGGGAAAGGCUUUCUAAUUGGCAAUUCCAAGAAGGAUAUUUCCAUUCGUGAAAUAAAGAACGAUGAUGAGGAUGCCAUUAAAACAAUUGACACCCUAGGCUAUUUUCCAGAAUCCAUGAAGGCCUUACAAAUGUGUCCCCACAACGACAAGAAUCUUUGCCUAAAUAUUCGAGGCGAAAGGGUACCAGAGUUUAGUAUCAAAAUCAAGAUCCCCUUUCGGGAGAAUGCUUUUAUGGUGGGAAAUAAGCAUGUGAUAAAGAUAUCCAACAUUAUUACCGAUGCAACCACAAAGGAUGCCCUUCAUAUUUCCAUCGAUGUUAUCAACAAGGGUCUAGAGGCACAUGAAUAUUCCAUAUAUGUUUAUAAUUGUCCUCUGUCCAAAAGUGCAUUAAGUACGACUAGUCUUAGAAAGCAACUACUACCAGAUAUUGGGCAAAGUGUUACCUUUUUACUACCCUUCAUAAAUGGAGCAAAGAAAAACAAGAAAUUUACUUGUGAUGUGGUUGUUAAGGAAUCUGAGUUAAAUAAUGCAAAUAGAAGCUUUUUUAUGAAAUCAGCUGACUUAAAAGCCGGUAUUAUUGCCAAGAGGUCCAUGGACAUUAAGGUCAAUUCCAGAUGCUUCUGCAUUGGGAGAUGUCGCUGUCAUUGCAUGGAAAGAUUAGAAACUUAUAUAAAUUACAAUGUUUGUGAGAAAAUGAGCCGUAGGGCACAGGAAGAGGCGGGACUCAUAUAUAAUUGCCCGCCUGGAAAUGAAAAAAAUGAUGUUUGCAUCACGGACUGUUCGACUGAAAGCCACAAAAAGAUGUCGUUCAACAUAUUUUAUCAAGUUCAAACUAUUAUAAUAAUUAUUCUAAUUUGGCUUCUUAUAUUCGGUCUUUUGAAAGCUAUUUUUGGCCUCUGUAUUCAGUCGAUAGAUAAAUGGGGCUUCGAGACUGUCCAACCUGGCAAAUAUUAUGCUUGCACAUCGAGGAUUCGAAUAUUUAUUGUGAAUGUAUUCUUCUUUAUUAUUUAUCCUUUCACAUGCUGGUGUAAGUGUUUCAAGCCAAAACCGGAGGACCUAAUGGCCGCCAGUACCGAUUGGUCCUGUAAUAAUGAAAUGUUUGAAGAUGAUUGUCCCUUAAGCGAGAAUAAAGACUCCAAGGCGUCUCGACUUCGUGGUGGUGGUCAUGCUCAGAAAAUAUCUGAAAAUCUGCUACUUGCCUUUUCUCCAAAUUAUGAAAAUGGUUUGUUCAAAGAUGACAAGCCCGACGAUGAGGAGAGUACAGCAUUUAUUUUAGAAGUUUUGGAGGAAAGCAAAACUUCAUUGAGUAAAAUGAUGAGUCAAAGUACCAAAAGUUCUGAGAGUCCCGUGAUUGUUUCAAACUGUGCGGAGAACAGUGAAGAAGACAGAACAGCCGAGGAGCUGGUAAACAGUCUUAAAGCCUCCCAGAGGGCUUACCGGAUGUUGAAUUCGCCGGUGGGCGGAGUGAUUAAUAUUCCGGAAAAUUGCCAAUAUUGUGUUAAAGGCUUCUUUCUUCCCACCAUAAAGAACACUUUUGAAUUCUUUAGCUAUCAUCCUUUAGUUCAGUACAUUAGCAUCACGAAGGAGAAUGAAAUUGUGAAGCUGAAGAAACCUGAAUAUCUCCAUACAGAUGAAUUCACAAGGAGUUAUGCCAGUAAAUUAGAGGUAUUGAAAGCGGGGGAUCUAUCAGUCGGCUGCCCACCAAAUGUUCAUUGCAUAAAUAUUACUCCCUUUAACGACUUGGAAAGUUCUUUUGUAAAGCUUUCAGAUCUAUUGAAGGACAAGAACAGCAACUAGGCAAAAUCAUUAUAGAUAAAUCUGAUAUAUUCAUUUUUUUGUUUAAUUUUGUUAAAUUUAAUUGUUUUCAAAUAUCUUAAAUAAAUCUUUGUAGUUCUUAAUUUAA